CUCAGUAUAGCUUCGUCCAUGGCGUCUGCAACUCUUCACCUCCCGGCCAAUCUCAAUCUCUACCCAAUUCCAAAAAGCUAUCAUCGGAGAAUCCACAAAGCUCAACUUUCUCUAUCACGGCCUUGGAGCAUCUCCCGCCAACUGUCAUCGAAGCUCUUCUCCUCAGGUCUCCCCGCUUCGCCAAGAACAUCAUUCAAUGGCGUUUGCUCUGCUGCUUACGUAUCAGCUCCAGCUUCUGAACCCAGUGUCAGCGAAAAUAGUCCCAAACUUGAGGGUGUGGACUCGCCGCCCACAGCUGCUCAGUCUUCGACUGCCAUAAGUUGGAGUCUUGUUUGGAGUCUUUUGCUUCGCCACAAGUUAAGGCUUGCUGUUUCAAUUGUCACACUUGUAGGUUGCACUACUUGCACUCUUUCGAUGCCCAUCUUUUCAGGGAGAUUUUUUGAAGUACUCAUAGGGGUAAGGCCAGAGCCUUUAUGGAAACUGCUUAGUAAGGUUGGAGUUUUGUACAUGUUGGAGCCGAUUUUUACAGUUAUUUUCGUAAUAAACAUGAGCAACAUAUGGGAGAAGGUUAUGGCAGCCUUAAGAGGUCAUGUCUUCAGAAGGAUAUUGAUUCAGAAGAUGGAGUUUUUUGAUCGACACAAGGUUGGUGAGUUGAAUGGUUUGAUAACAUCUGAUUUGAGUUCUCUUAAAGAUAUUGUUAGUGAAAACAUUUCAAGGGAUCGUGGUUUUAGAGCACUUUCCGAGGUUGUGGGAACGUUAAGCAUACUGUUUGUACUCUCUCCCCAGCUAGCUCCGAUUCUGGGGCUACUGAUGCUCUCGGUGUCCUUAUUAGUUGCUCUAUACAAACGGUCAACCAUACCUGUCUUCAAAGCUCAUGGAAAGACACAAGCAUCCAUGUCCGAUUGUGCAACUGAAACAUUUUCAGCUAUUCGUACUGUUAGAUCUUUUGGUGGUGAGAAGCGUCAGAUGUCAAUGUUUGGUAAUCAGGUUCUUGCUUACCAGACUAGUGGCAUAAGGCUAGGAAUUUCCAAAUCUGCAAAUGAAUCCCUGACUAGAGUUGUAGUUUAUAUUUCUUUGAUGGCUUUAUACUGUCUUGGAGGAAGCAAAGUGAAGGCGGGUGAACUCUCUAUUGGAACCGUGGCUUCUUUUAUUGGAUAUACUUUCACAUUAACUUUUGCUGUUCAAGGGUUGGUUAACACAUUUGGUGACCUUCGUGGAACUCUUGCUGCUAUUGAACGGAUUAAUUCUGUUCUAUCUGGGACUGAAAUUGAUGAGUCCCUUGCUUUUGGUUUAGAAAGAGAACUCCAAAAGAAAGAAGUGGACGAUGGUAGUCUCAGAAUAUUCCAUGGCAAUGGUUCCGCUGAGAAAAAUCAAGCUCUAAAUAUGCAGUACAUGACAGCCUUGAAAUCAUCUAGUAGUGGGUGUAGUCUAGCUUGGUCUGGUGACAUUUGUUUAGAAGAUGUGUAUUUCUCUUAUCCUUUGAGACAUGACGUGGAAAUCCUGAAUGGUCUUAACUUAAAACUAAAAUGUGGGACUGUAACAGCUCUUGUGGGUCCGAGUGGUGCAGGAAAAAGCACAAUUGUACAGCUAUUGGCACGCUUUUAUGAGCCAACUAGAGGUCGUAUUACGGUGGCAGGAGAGGAUGUUCGAACAUUUGACAAGAGUGAAUGGGCUCGGGUUGUCUCUAUAGUAAAUCAGGAACCUGUCCUAUUCUCAGUAUCUGUUGGAGAAAAUAUUGCAUAUGGAUUACCAGAUGAUAAUGUUUGCAAGGAUGAUGUGAUUAGAGCAGCCAAAGCUGCAAAUGCUCAUGAAUUCAUAAUUUCUCUUCCACAGGGUUAUGACACAUUAGUUGGUGAACGUGGAAGCCUGCUGAGUGGUGGACAGAGGCAGAGGAUUGCUAUUGCCAGGGCUCUGCUAAAAAAUGCUCCAUUUCUGAUUCUUGAUGAGGCUACCAGUGCUUUAGACACAGUGAGUGAAGGCUUGGUCCAGGAAGCUCUUAACCACCUGAUGAAGGGGAGGACCACAUUGGUUAUUGCUCAUAGAUUAAGCACAGUCCAGAAUGCACACCAAAUUGCUGUUUGUUCGGCAGGGAAGAUUGCAGAGCUAGGGACCCAUUUUGAGUUGUUGGCUCAGAAGGGUCUAUAUGCAUCACUGGUUGGAUCUCAAAGGCUUGCAUUCGAGUGAUUUGACCAGGAACGAAAGAUAGCAGUUCAUUUUCUCAGAUGCUCAAGUAUGCUGUGGUUUGAAAGCAGAAGCCCUGAGUGGAGGUUGCUUGAGGGGACUGUUUCAGCUGUUAUAUUAAAAUCAAUCUACAAG